AUCAUUAGGAGCAAAGAAAGAAGAAGAUCAAACUGGCCAUGGCAGCAGCACCUCCAUCGAUGACGACGACGAAUCUCCUCAUUCUCCACCGUUCAUCGUUAAGAUCGAGUCAGAUCUACGGUUGGCCGUCUUCUUGUCCGCAGAUCCAGCUCUUUGAUCAGAAGAAGAAGAAGAAGAGAUCGUUAAUUUUUCCGCCGGCGGCGGCAAGAGCGAGCGGAGAUGAUGAAUUGAUGAAAUCUGCGAAAGCGAAGUACAAAGGAACAGUGAUGAGAGAAAAACAACUUACAGAGAUGAUAGAGAAGAUGGUGAUGGAAGCGAAGGAGGUUUGUAAAGGAGAUGAAAGAUCAGACGAGUGUAAAGUGGCUUGGGAUGAAGUUGAAGAAGUUAGUCAAGCUAAGGCCGAUCUUCGCCUUAAAUUGGAGCUUCAACACGAUCCGCUCGAAUCCUUCUGCGCUGAUCAUCCUGAAACCGACGAGUGCCGCAUCUACGAAGAUUAAUUAAUUCAUCAUCAUCUGUAAUUCGAAUUCGAUCUCUCUGUAUGUUGCCUCUUCUUGACAAUUGAUCAUUAAUGCUUC